AUGAGUCAACCGAAUCUCUACAUCCUUGCCGCCGACAACCCCUCGGCCGUCCUCAGCCACCUGCGAUCCGAUUCAUCGCGCGCUUCAAACCAGGACGAACAUGGGUACUCCCUUCUCCACGCAGCCGCUUCCUACGGACACAUCGAGCUACUCCGUGCGCUCGUGCAGGAGUUCCACGUAGACCCCAAUCUGACCGACGAAGAUAACGAAACAUGUCUUUUCGUGACGGAACAGUUGGACAUCGCGAAAUGUCUCGUGGAAGAACUCGGCGUUGACGCUAAACACACAAAUGACGAGGGAUUCACGGCUCAGGAAAUGAUUGAGAGCGAAGGGUCGUUUAUGGAUAUUGCAGCCUAUCUGGGAGAAGUCACUGGGAACACAAGAUCCGAAGCGCAAUUGCAAGCGCUACGAGAUGUGCACCCGCCGCCACCUCUUCCGCACAAUAUCAGCGUUAAUUUGGGCACCAUGUCUCAAGAGGAUGUCGACGGAGAGGCCGGCGAAGUUGACAUAGAGUUCAGGAGGAGAAUUGCCGAAUUGGCGGCUCGGGAAGACUUUCAUACUGAAGCAGGGCAGAACCAAUUACGCGCCUUGGUUACAGAUGCGCUCAGAGGCGUUGGCGCACAGACUGAGGAUAGAGAUGUUCGACGAAGGACCGAGUGA